CGUACACAAAAUGUGUCGAUUAUUUUUUACAAAUAUAUUCACGAUUUUUUUGUUUCAAAUAGUUGUAUCUAACUAUGGCAACAAAAAUGAAAGUGGCAAUAUGUGCAGAGAUUUAAAAUCAAUAAUCAACAGUGAUAAUGAUUUCUCAAGAAUUAAUCAUUACAAGUGUGUUCAAUCUAACAUUUUGACGCUAAAAAUAGGAGUGCUAAAAGCAAACUUACUGGUCCAUUUAAGAGACGAGAGUGAUAUAAUAGCACUUUUUCUGUAUAGUAUUAAUAAUAAACAUGUCUUGGAAAGAAGAAUUUUGACAAAGAAUGUUGGACUAAUAAAUGGACCAAAUUCUAUUCAACUUGAUAUAAAUUUAACAGAGAACGACGAUGGUUACGUUUUAAUAUUCUCUACAUGCAAUGUUUCUAUAAAAUCCCUCAAAAUAAUGUGCAGGUUAAAUGAAAUGGGAAAUAAUAGAAACAAAGCUACCAAAAGGCAUAAACGAAGUACAGGAGAAAUUUCAAACAACUUACUUAACAUUUUAAGACAACAUAAGCUUAUCCGUUCAGCCGAAAGAAACAUUGAAACAUUUAUUAAUGACGACGAUAAACAAGCAAGAAUCCAUCAUGAAACCAGAAAUAAAAAAAAGGUAGAACUCAGAUUGAAGGGUAUAGGUAGCUCGGCGAAUUCAACAACAACAGAACAAAUCAUUUUCAUAGAUUCACUUACAGAAAUAGCAAACACCGAAACUACAACAGACUCAAGCACUAUUGACCCAAUCACUACUGACCCAAGCACUACUGACCCAAGCACUACUGACCCAAGCACUACUGACCCAAGCACUACUGACCCAAGCACUACUGACCCAAGCACUAUUGACCCAAGCAAUACUGACCCAAGCACUAUUGAUCCAAGCACUACUGACCCAAGCACUACUGACCCAAGCACCACUGACCCAAGCACUAUUGACCCAAGCACUACCGACCCAAGCACUACCGACCCGAGCACAACUGACCCAAGCACUACUGACCCAAGCACUACUGACCCAAGAACUACUGACCCAAGCACUACUGACCCAAGCACUAUUGACCCAAGCACUACCGACCCAAGCACUACUGACACGAGCACAACUGACCCAAGCACAACUGACCCGAGCACAACUGACCCAAGCACUACUGACCCAAGCACUAUCGACCUAAGCACUACCGACCCAAGCACUACCGACCCAAGCAAUACUGACCCAAGCACUAUUGACCCAAGCACUACUGACCCAAGCACUACUGACCCAAGCACCACUGACCCAAGCACAACUGACCCAAGCACUACUGACCCAAGCACUACUGACCCAAGCACUACCGACCCUAGCACUACUGACCCAAGCACUACUGACCCAAGCACUACCAACCCAAGCACUACCGAUCCAAGCACUACCGACCCUAGCACUACUGACCCAAGCACUACUGACCCAAGCACUACUGACCCAAGCACUACUGACCCAAGCACUACAGACUCAAGCACUACCGACCCUAGCACUACUGACCCGAGCAUAACUGACCCGAGCACAACUGACCCAAGCACUACUGACCCAAGUACUACAGACUCAAGCACUACGAAUCCAAGCACUACUGACCCGAGCACUACUGACCCUAGCACUACCGACCCAAGCACUACUGACCCAAGCACUACUGACCCAAGCACUACUGACCCAAGUCCCACUGACCCAAGCACUACAGACCCGAGCACAACUGACCCGAGCACUACUGACCCUAGCACUACCGACCCGAGCACUACUGACCCAAGCACUACUGACCCGAGCACUACUGACCCAAGCACUACCAACCCAAGCACUACCGAUCCAAGCACUACCGACCCUAGCACUACUGACCCAAGCACUACUGACCCAAGUACUACUGACCCAAGCACUACUGACCCAAGCACUACCGACCCUAGCACUACUGACCCAAGCACUACUGACCCAAGCACUACCAACCCAAGCACUACCGAUCCAAGCACUACCGACCCUAGCACUACUGACCCAAGCACUACUGACCCAAGCACUACUGACCCAAGCACUACUGACCCAAGCACUACUGACCCAAGCACUACAGACUCAAGCACUACCGACCCAAGCACUACUGACCCAAGCACUACUGACCCAAGCACUACUGACCCAAGCACUACUGACCCAAGCACUACUGACCCAAGCACUACUGACCCAAGUCCUACUGACCCAAGCACUACAGACCCGAGCACAACUGACCCGAGCACUACUGACCCUAGCACUACCGACCCGAGCACUACUGACCCAAGCACUACUGACCCAAGCACUACCGACCCAAGCACUACUGACCCGAGCACUACUGACCCGAGCACUACUGACCCAAGCACUACUGACCCAAGCACUACUGACCCAAGUCCUACUGACCCAAGCACUACAGACCCGAGCACAACUGACCCGAGCACUACUGACCCGAGCACUACCGACCCGAGCACUACUGACCCAAGCACUACUGACCCAAGCACUACUGACCCAAGCACUACCAACCCAAGCACUACCGAUCCAAGCACUACCGACCCUAGCACUACUGACCCAAGCACUACUGACCCAAGUACUACUGACCCAAGCACUACUGACCCAAGCACUACUGACCCAAGCACUACUGACCCAAGCACUACUGACCCAAGCACUACUGACCCAAGCACUACUGACCCAAGCACUACUGACCCAAGCACUACUGACCCAAGCACUACUGACCCAAGUCCUACUGACCCAAGCACUACAGACUCAAGCACUACUGACCCAAGCACUACUGACCCAAGCACUACUGACCCAAGCACUACCGACCCUAGCACUACUGACCCAAGCACUACCGACCCAAGCACUACCGACCCAAGCACUACCGACCCAAGCACUACUGACCCAAGCACUACUGACCCAAGCACUACUGACCCAAGCACUACUGACCCAAGCAUUACCGACCCUAGCACUACCGACCCAAGCACUACUGACCCAAGCACUACCAACCCAAGCACUACCGAUCCAAGCACUACCGACCCUAGCACUACUGACCCAAGCACUACAGACUCAAGCACUACUGACCCAAGCACUACGAAUUCAAGCACUACGAAUUCAAGCACUACUGACCCCAGCACUACCGACCCAAGCACUACUGAUCCAAGCACUACUGACCCAAACACUACUGACCCAAGCACUACUGACCCAAGCACUACUGACCCGAGCACAACUGACCCAAGCACUACUGACCCAAGCACUACUGACCCAAGCACUACUGACCCAAGCACUACUGACCCGAGCACUACUGACCCAAGCACUACUGACCCAAGCAUUACCGACCCUAGCACUACCGACCCAAGCACUACUGACCCAAGCACUACCAACCCAAGCACUACCGAUCCAAGCACUACCGACCCUAGCACUACUGACCCAAGCACUACAGACUCAAGCACUACUGACCCAAGCACUACGAAUUCAAGCACUACUGACCCCAGCACUACCGACCCAAGCACUACUGAUCCAAGCACUACUGACCCAAGCACUACUGACCCAAGCACUACUGACCCAAGCACUACUGACCCAAGCACUACUGACCCAAGCACUACUGACCCAAGCACUACUGACCCGAGCACAACUGACCCAAGCACUACUGACUCAAGCACUACGAAUCCAAGCACUACUGACCCAAGCACUACUGACCCAAGCACUACUGACCCAAGCACUACUGACCCAAGCACUAUUGACCCAAGCACUACUGACCCAAGCACUAUUGACCCAAGCACUACCGACCCAAGCACUACCGACCCGAGCACAACUGACCCGAGCACAACUGACCCGAGCACUACUGACCCGAGCACUACUGACCCAAGUACUACUCACCCAAGCACUACUGACCCAAGCACUACUGACCCAAGCACUACUGACCCAAGCACUAUUGACCCAAGCACUACCGACCCAAGCACUACUGACCCGAGCACAACUGACCCGAGCACAACUGACCCGAGCACUACUGACCCAAGUACUACUGACCCAAGUACUACUGACUCAAGCACUACGAAUCCAAGCACUACUGACCCGAGCACUACCGACCCAAGCACUACUGACCCAAGCACUACUGACCCAAGCACUACUGACCCAAGCACUACUGACCCAAGCACUACUGACCCAAGCACUACUGACUCAAGCACUACGAAUCCAAGCACUACUGACCCAAGCACUACUGACCCAAGCACUACUGACCCAAGCACUAUUGACCCAAGCACUACUGACCCAAGCACUAUUGACCCAAGCACUACCGACCCAAGCACUACUGACCCGAGCACAACUGACCCGAGCACAAUUGACCCGAGCACUACUGACCCGAGCACUACUGACUCAAGCACUACUCACUUUUCCUCAGAAACUACUACAUUAAACCCUGCCACAGACGAAUCCUCAACAACAGAAUUCACAACAAUUGAUCCUUAUAUCACAACAACUGAAAGUACACAAGAAACAAUAAGUCCUACCACAGAUGAUACUACAACAGAAGGUACAACGACUGAAUUAAUACCAGAACCAACUGAGCCAACAAAUGUACAGUUUUGGCUUAUAGUAAGCGCAGUCAGUGUUGUAUCUAUAGCUGUAGUGGGUAUUCUGAUAUUUUCUAUUUACAAAAUGAUUAGAAGACAAAAAGUCUGGCAAAUGUCUCCUUUGCAACGAUCCUCUUAUAUGUCAGAUUUUGAGGGACAAGCUACUUUAAUGGUUCUUCCUACAUUAAGAAACUUGGAAGAUGGUUUUUGAGUGGAAAUAUUUACUGAAGGCAACGUUAUGUUUGUCAUGCAAAUUGAUCAAAAAGCGACAAAAACUUUAGGCUUAUUAGAACAUCAGCAGAGUUUCGCAAUCUCAAAAUGUAUUGAUACAAAAUUAGCGCAGCCACCUUGAAUAUGACUCUUGGGUACGGAACCCACAGUAUGAGGUAUACGAGUACCGCGAUGUAGCAUGAUUUAGAGCAUCGAUAAAAUGUAUACUACUGUCUUCCUUUCUUGUUUGUAGUAAAUAUAGAAAGAUUUACCGUUGUUAAUAUUUAAAUUAUUGUAUUAUCACUAUUGUAAUUUGAUUUUUGUGUUCUAGCAACCUGAAGUGUGAGCAAAAUAAUAUUUAAAAUGACAAAUGUGAUAAUCAAAAUAGGUAACAAUUCUUAUUAUAUAUAUUUAUUGUUACCUUACAUUAAUAAUUAUGUUUUCUUAUUAUAUAUAUUUAAACAAUUAUUAAUGCUACUGAAAAACUAUUUGACACAUAUUAGAUACAUUUUUUAUCUAAUGUAUUGAACUCAUCGACUAGUGUAAUCAGGGGGGGGGGGGGCUACUACGAAACAUAAAACACGUAGCGUCAUCGCGUCUACACGUUUGAAAGAAAUAAAGAAAAAAAAAUCUAAACAAAAAAGUUUAUUUUAUACGAUGCGUAGAUGAUAUAGGAGAGAGAGACAGCAUGUAAAAUUCCCAUGCUGUCUCCCUUUCCUAUAUCGUAACUAUAUAUGUAACUAAUAUAUAGUUACGAUAUAGGGAAGGGAAGGAAAGGUUCUAAAGGGUAAAUCUCACAAUUUAUACUUUAGAACCUUUUAAAUAAUGUUCAAAGUCAACCAUUGGUAUUUUCAUGUUUUUAAUUGAUGUUUAUUUUAUCAAUACAAUGCAUUCAGAUAAGUGAAUAAGGUAUGUAGUAAGAAUGUGUCACAUUUUGAGUAGGCACCAAAAAAUUUAAGUAACAACACAUAAAUUUUAUUUAUUUAAUUCAAUUUGUUUUGUCUUCUUUGUUGUUUGUAUACAUUUCCUGAAUCACUUUAAUAAUCAUUGAUGUAUAUAGCUUAAGUUGUCAUGUCAUUAGGUACGUUAAGGAUUUUAAAGUUUGAGUUAUUUAAAAUCACGUAGACAAGAACUUAUCACUUAAUUUAUUAGCAUUAUUAUAUAAGUAUAUUUAGGCUAAGUGAAUAAUUGGUAAUGUAAAUAUAAAUCUAUAUUUUAUAAAACGCAAAGGUGACUGUGACUGAUCUAUCAACGCACAGCUCAAAUUACUGGACCGAUCGGGCUGAAAUUUGGUAUGCAAAUAUCUAUCUAUAUGAUGUAGGUAUCCGCUAAGAAAGGAUUUUGGUAAAUUCUACCCCCAAGGGGAUAAUAAAUGUAAAACCAAUUCAAUUUAAAAAAAAAUCAAAUGUAAAACUUCAUUGCUGUUAUGACUACGUUGUACUUAUUGUUAAUAAAUAUUGUUAAUAAAUAAACCAAUGUUAUUGACCCCUCAAAUCGCGCACGGCCCAUUCUGACUGCGAUCCUAUUAUUGUUAAAUUGUUUUUAUUAUCUCCGGGAUCGAAGGAUUAUUGAAGUAAGUAGUUAAUGUAUUAUGA